GCAAGAUUCUAUGUUUACACUGACUACUCUCUCAAUCCUUGGUUUGGCUUCAAUGGGAAAAUUGCAUGUUUUAGUAUUCGUCAACUCCCUUAGAGAUAAGGCUCUCUCUCUCUCACACACACACACCUAACUCUUGCAUUUAGUGCAUGGAAUAAACUAUAAUAUUUUUGUAAUUUUCUGCACAUUUGCGCAAUACAGUGGUCUUUAACAGCCUUUUUCAUCCAUAAUUAUACGUGAGCAACUCUUUAUUCAUAUCAAGAAAAAGAUCCUCUCUCUCUCUCUGUCAGAGUUUGUGUGUGAAGAUGGAAAAGGAAGAAUACAAGUUGGAGGAGCAGGUUGAGGUGGAGGAGCAAGAAGCUGAGGAAACAACUCCAUUGGUCAGGAAUUCAAGAAAUGGAGAUGACAGCAAGAUCAUUCCAAAAUAUGGUUUUGAAAUUAAUGGUGGAGUGAGUAAUGGAGUCUCUCAAAAUGAAAAUGAAGAGCUAAUAAUUCCUGCAGAAAACCAGAAAAUGGAGGAGAUUGAUUGGGUUCUUGAAAAUGAAGCCAUUAAUGGAGGAGAGGAGAGUGAAAAAAAGGUUCUUGAAAAUGGAGCAGAAGCCAUUAAUGGGGGCAAAAAUUCAAAGGAAAAUCAUGUUUUCCAUGACAAAACUGAAGGAGUGUGGAAGUGUCGAAUCUGCACUUGGAAGUAUGGCAAUGGAAGUGUCUGUGUUGAUGGUUUAAUUGUUAAUCCUAUACCUACGUAUAUUCAUAAGACGCUAAUUGUGGAGGAUCCUGCACAUACAAAACACGAUGUCCCAUCACUUGUUCCUGUAAUUCAGUUCAAUGGUGCUUCGGUCAUAAACAAUCAACACGGGGAAGAGGGCAAGGAGGAUGGCUUUUCGAGCUCAGAUGGUUUGCCUUCUGACAGUUCAUCUCAAGAAGGUUUGGUUGCAGGUGUUGAUUCCACAUAUGCAUACAUUAUAAGGGAGCCAGUCUUGAAAGGACCUGCGAUAUUCGACAUCUCGUCUCUUGAUCCCGUCAUUCAGUUGAAUGGUGCUUCUGUCAUAAACAAUCAACACGAGGAAGAGGACAAGGAGAAUGGCGUUUCAAGUUCAGAUUUUCUGUCUUCAGACAGUUCAUCUCAAGAAGAUUUGGUUGCAGGUGUUGAUUCAACAUCUACAUAUAUUAUAAGGGAGCCAGUCUUGAAAGGACCUGCAAUAUGCACUGUCUCGUCUCUUGAUCCCGUCAUUCAGUUCAAUGGUGCUUCGGUCAUAAACAAUCAACACGAGGAAGAGGACAAGGACAAUGGCGUUUCGAGUUCAGAUGCUCUGUCUUCAGACAAUUCAUCUCAAGAAGAUUUGGUUGAAGGUACUAUAAGGGAGCCAAUCUUGAAAGGACCUGCAAAAUACGACGUUUCGUCUCUUGAUCCCGUCAUUCAGUUCAAUGGUGCUUCGGUCAUAAACAAUCAACACGAGGACGAGGACGAGGACAAGGAGAAUGGCGUUUCGAGUUCAGAUGUCAUGUCUUCAGACAGUUCAUCUCAAGAAUAUUUGGUUGAAAGUGUAAAUUCUACGCCUACAUAUAUUAUAAGGGAGCCAAUCUUGAAAGGGCCUGGAAAAUACAUCCUCCCGUCUCUUGAUCCGGCUGUUGAGUUCAAUGGAGCUUCCGAAAUAAGCAAUCAAUACGAGGAGGAGAUUGAGAAGAACAGAAUCUCUGAAACGAUUGACGGGCCUUCCAAAGAGAUCGAGAGUGAAGAAACUGAGCUGAUAAACGAGGAUGAUCUGGAAAUAACAGAGUUAGACGUUGAAAGAGUCAUUCGGAAGCAGACCACACAUGAUCUCUACUGUCCCAACUGCAAGUCUUGCAUUACAAAGAGGGUUAUUCUUAGCAAACGAAAGCGCAGAAGAAAGAUUCCCGAUGAGGAGGUGAAGCGUCCCAAAACAGAAACUGCAGCUGUAGGGACUGUUUCGUCCGAGGAUCAAGUUCAUCAGGAAGGUGAAGUUGGUAACGACGAUGCUCAAACACAACCAAUCGAUGAAGAUGACCGUGACAGAGGCCCGGCUAUAUUUCGUUGCUUAUCGUGCUUCAGCAUUUUCAUUCCAACUGGGGACGGAUUCCGAUUGUUUGGUGGCAGAAGUGGGAAAGAAAAUGUACGUGAUGGACAAGCACCGGAUGUAAAGAAGAGCUGGUUCGACAUAUUUAAACCGAAUAGGCAGAAAACACCGGUUGGGGAAGGAAUUAGUUCUGAGACGAACGUGCAACAAGUCAGCUCAGCCAUUCCAUCGUCCAGCCCUGCUCGUGUAAGUGGCCAGCCAUUAGUUUUACAAGAUACGGCCCCACCUGCCCGUGCUCCUGCACAACUCGAGGGAACUACAGCAGAUGAAAUCCAAGAUCUAAAACUCCCCUUGUUAGUAGUUGAGUCGAAUGCCGUGUUUCCCGCGGAUCAGCAAAUGGAAUCAAAACCUAGCCGGGAAGUUCAGACAAUUCUAGGCAACGGCGUUGUCCAGCUCCCACAACCAUCAGUGUCAGCAGCUGUAGAUGCAGAUGGCACAUUGAUCUCAUUAUCUAUUCCUCACAACGAACAAGAAGUUAGAGCGACUAUCGUGACCACAUCUGUUCUCGACAGCAUAAAUGUCGAUUCAAGAAGCAGUGAUAUCGGAAAUAGUUCCGAAACAAACGCGCAACAAGUCAGCUUAGCCAUUCCAUCGUCCAGUCCUGCUCGUGUAAGUGGCCAACCAUUAGUUUUACAAGAUACGGCCCCACCUGCUCGUGCUCCUGCACGACUCAAGGGAACUACAGUGGAAACUGCUGCACACGAAGAUCUAAAAAUCCCCUUGUUAGAUAAGUCGGAUGCUGUGUUAGCCGCGGAUCAGCAAACGGAACCAAAACCUAUCCAAGAAGUUCAGACCAUUCAAGACAACGACAUUGUCCAGCUCCCACAACCAUCAGUAGACGCGGAUAGCACAAUGAUCUCAGUAUCUAUUCCUUGCAACGAACAAGAUGUUAGAGCCACUAUCAUGACUACAUCUAUUCUAGACAACAGAAAUGUCGAUUCCAGCAGUGACACCGGUGAGGUCUACCCUGCUGAAGUGCCUCAGAAGGUGACAACUACAACGACGGUCGACUUCAGACACGACAAGCCACUCAGAACUAGUAUCAUUUCCGAAAUAGGAGAUGCACCAUCUCCACAAGGUGUAGGCAAUGAUACCAGGAUAACUAUCAUAGAUACACAUCCAGUAGCGACUAUAACGCCUUCGACAGUUUCCCAGUCGGGAACUCAAACUAGUAUUGCUGAAAGGGAAGGAAUCGGAGCGAGAGAAGAACGCAAAGUUGAAGUGAUCAAAAGCAUAGUUUACGGUGGGCUAGCAGAGACCAUGACUAGCCUUAGCGUUGUGUCAUCAGCCGCUGGCGGUGGUGCGUCCACAUUGAAUGUGUUAACUCUGGGAGCUGCAAAUUUGAUUGGAGGUCUUUUCAUCAUUGCUCACAAUUUGUGGGACUUAAAAUGCGACCGCGCUGAGGAGCAGCUCUCGAACCAAGUGACCGAGCAGGCGGAUCGUUACAGACAGCUCCUGGGCCGGAGACAGAAUUUUGCGUUUCACGCCUUUGUUGCCAUAGUAGCGUACAUCGUGUUCGGCUUGGUGCCUCCUGUCGUGUACGGCUUCUCGUUCCGCGAGUCAGACGACAAACAGCUGAAGCUAUUGAUGGUGGCAGCAGCUUCCUUUGUGUGCAUACUUGUGCUGACAUUGGGAAAGGCCUAUGUGCAGAGGCCCCCGAAGCCUUACUUGAAAACAGUCACGACCUUCUUGAUUAUUGGGAUAUCUGCCUCGGGCGUGUCGUACGCUGCCGGAGGAUUAGUCGAGCGUCUGCUGGAGAAGCUCGGUUUGUUCGAGUCGAGCUCGGUUGCUCCUAACUUGCUUGUGCCGGAAAUGAGACCAGUUGGUUCGGGAUGGGCCUCUUACUGAGUGCUCUCUCUCUCUCUCGUUAUAUGUUCAAUUGAAUGUGGCGAUUUUGUUGGAAAUAAAACUAGCAUUGCUAGUCUUUUUUCAUCUUGUACUUGAUCAUAUUUCUCAUAAAGAGUCUCAUAACUCUAUAAAUUCUUAACCUUUCACUAAAUUCUGAUUUUGCUCACCAACUUUAA